AUGCUGGGAAACCAGACACAAAUUACAGAAUUCAUUCUCCUAGGAUUUGGAGCCAUCCACAAGUUACAAAUGUUACUCUUCCUGAUGUUUUUAAUCAUUUAUAUUGUGACGGUUACUGCAAAUAUUCUCAUAGUUCUGAUAGUUGUCUUCGAGCCACACCUUCAUACCCCCAUGUACUUCUUCCUGGGGACCCUCUCCUUCGUGGAGUCUUGCUACACUUCCAAUUUAUUGCCAAGAAUUCUGUCAGCUCUCCUGACUGGGGACAGAACCAUUUCUUUCAGGAGCUGUUUUACACAGUGGUAUCUCUGUGCUUGCUUCAUUGUGACAGAAUGCUGUCUACUCUGUGCAAUGUCUUAUGACCGGUAUCUCGCCAUCUGUAAACCCCUGCACUAUCCAACAAUGAUGAACACUCAGACUUUUAUUCAGCUAGCAGCUGCAUCCUGGUUCAAUGGAUUUACAGUAUUUUCUAUAUUGCUCACUGUGAUGUUAAAACAAUUAAAUUUUUGUGGCCCCAAUGUAAUAGAUCAUUAUUUUUGUGACUAUUCCCCAAUUGUAAACCUCUCUUGCAGUGACAAAACCUUGGUGGAAAUCAUGGGCUUAACUGUGGCUGCAAUAUUUGUAUUUUUUCCUUUUCUUCUAACCUUGACAUCCUAUGUAUAUAUUGUAGUCGCCAUCUUGAAAAUUCCCUCCACCACAGGGAGGCAAAAGGCCUUUUCCACCUGUUCCUCUCACUUGCUGGUGGUUUCCAUUUACUAUGGAACUCUAGUGACUGUGUAUAUGUUACCAAAUACUGAAGCAAUGAGAGAGAUCCAAAAGUAUUUCUCUCUUUUGUACACCACUUUGCCUCCUCUGGCUAACCCCUUUGUAUACUGCCUUAGAAACAAGGAUGUCAAAAAUGGCCUGGGAAAUUGUCUCCAUAGGUUUUUACCAUACAGCAGAACUCUUAAGACAUAA